CCCGACCCUCAUGUUGAAGAUCGCCGCUUCCGACAGACGUACUAGACGCAUUCGUUGACCAUACACAAGUAAUCUUUCCUGUCCCUCUCUUGCAACUUUCUCAUCUAUCCAUCGAACCAGAUCUAUUCUUAAUGAUGGUGACUCGAGCAUAUUACGAUAAUGAGGAGCCAGCGUUUGCCCAAUACAGCGGCCGCGGGCAUGGCUAUCCUCUCAGCCAUGAACGAGAGUUGCCUGCCAACCAUGGUCCGUACGGGGGAGCUCGAGGUCAUCAGCACGAAGCGCGCAACAAUGGCCAGAGUCCCGAGCGAGAAUCUGUUUCUUCACACCCAAGACGUCGAAUUCCAGUUGCAUGCGGUCGCUGUCGAAAGCGGAAGAUCCGCUGCAGUGGAGAUCCGGGGAAUGGCGGACCAUGCUCGAACUGCAAGGCUGCAGGAAACGAGCAGUGUCAAUUCUUGAGGGUCUCAUCAACUGAAGCACAGAUGAAGAGCGAUGCAGCAGAUUUUGGUUACGAUUCUGCCCCUGCAGUUCCCCGGACCAGUUGCCGUAUGAUUCAAUACGGAACACAGACUUACGCGCCACAGCCGAUUGCUUUGGGGCCAGAUGGGUUCCCAUAUCGUCAUAGUUCGCUUUCAUAUCCGUAUCAAGGGAAGGGAUACUAUGGAAUGCCAUCUUACAGCGAAUUUGCCGAUGAGAACAUCGACUACGGUCUGCAAAGUGCCUCCUAUCAGCUCUUGACCCAGGAACAUGUGAACAUGGCAUCAGCUUACUCCUCAUCCGGAAGUGGGCGAGGAUGGACUCCGGCUCCUCAGCUCCCAAAGACCACCCCGUUGUUUCUUGAGCAGGAGCCAGCAUACAGCCAUGGGCAGAUGCCAUAUUCAAGCAAUGGUUACGCACUUCGCCCAACGAUAAGCCCUGAAUCCAAGGCUAUGUCUCUAAAUAGCAUGGCGGGCUCUCUCCCUGUUCCCCCUCCGAUUAAUGGUACGGAUCGUGUAUUGCCAUUUCCGGCUCAUCGUUCAUCAUAUGUUCGUUCGAGCGAAGGCAUGAUCCCAACUCCGCAAUCAGGUCGCAAUCUGGAAUGUAUACAACCCUAUAAUGGGUUGAUAGGCAACAACAUUAUGAGCAAUUCCAAGGGUAUUAACACCAACUCAGUAUCAGAGAACGGGAACAUAUCCAGCUCCUACAUCUCCCUCCCGCAGAGCAGUCCCGAAGCGAUACCCGCAACCCACAUAAACUAUGGCACGCCUAAUCUCUCCAGCAGCCAACAGCAGAACGAGAUGUACAAUCCCGGGGGUCAUGAUCGGCUCUACAACUCCAACAGCAACUCGUCGUCCGAGGAUCUGCGCAGCGGUAGCUACGGCAUCGUGAGCCCCGGCUCCAAGCGCCCAUCUCAAAGCAGCCAAACCGACGGCACGAUGUCGUCCCCCUCACCCGGGACUCUAGCUAAUGGACACUCCUACGUACCUUACCAUCAACAAUCAUAUCCGGCACCCCCUAUGGAGCUCAGCGGGGCUCACACCCACCGGGGAUCCGUUGCGGGUAUCCAGGCUGGUGCAUGAAUCGCCGUUCCUCCCCCCGCGUCGCCAAAACUCCAAAAGCUCAUCUUUCAAUUCUCUUUCUCCCCCUGUCGUCUGUCCCG